UACCUAGAUAAUAUCCUUAUCUACUUAGAAAAUAAGAAAGACCACAUUCUAUAUAUAAAAACAGUACUUAAGAAACUAGAUAAACAUAGCCUUAGACUUAAGCUAAAGAAGUGUAAAUUCUAUAAAAAUAAGGUCGACUUCUUAAGCUACACGAUAGAAGCUAAUAGAGUAUAA